AUCUAGAGGUACAAUAUUACCUUGGCCUACGUACGCACUUGCUCGCACCGGCAGUGAUCUGGACUGAGCCUUGUGUUCUGCUUGGCGAAGUCCACCCGCUUGGCCCGGCGCAUCACUCGGCAGUCCUACACUAGACGUCGAUCCUCCAUGCUCCAUAUUUCCGUGCGUUGAUCUUGCAAUUUUUAGCGAGAGGAAAUAGCAUCGCUAGGUAAGCAUCUCAAUAUCGCACAUCUUCGUUGCCAAGAUGAUGGGCCCACCAUCCACCAAGACGCCAUCCAAGGCAGGAGCGGCAGCAGUCGCGACGCCGCAGCACGUCCUCUCCACUCCUUCUCACACCCUCGCUCGGGGGAAGGCAACGCCUACACCAACGCACCAGCAGCAUAAAACGCCCAUCCACCAGACAUCCUCCACACCCAUCGUCGAUCUAUCCACUAUCGAGCGUAACAAGGAAAAUAUCCUCUCCCUGCGCGGCGGCCGAUCUGCGCACGCUCUCUCCCAGUCCUUCAGCAUGCAGCUCAAAGACCGGUUGGCUUCGUUGGAAGCAACGCGGGCCGAGUUUGAGCGGUCCAUCUCCUCCGCCGAGAACGAGGCCGACGCGGAUGAUCCGCUUGAGAUGUGGGUCAAAUACGUGCAUUGGGUCGUCGAAUCGUACCCAUCUGGGCAAUCUCUAGAGAGCGGGCUCGUACCACUUCUUGAGCGUGUGACAAGGCACUUCAAGGAUCACAAGCAGUACAAGAACGAUCCACGCUAUCUGAAGAUGUGGAUCCUCUAUGCUAGACAUGUGGAAUGUCCCCGUGACAUUUACCAUUUCUGUCUUGCAAACGAGAUUGGCACCGGCCUUGCAGGGCUGUACGAAGGAUUGGCUGUCGUCUAUUCGGGCCAGGGAAUCCUGCACGAAGCAGAUGCAAUCUACCGCCUCGGAAUAGCACGCAAAGUUCAGCCGCUUGACCGCAUCAAGCGACACUACGCCCAGUUCCAGUCCAGCGUUCUCAAUUCACACAGUGCCACUUCGGCCGCUGCCUCAUCUUCCUCCGGUCAUUUGCAACAACGGAGAACGUACGAGCAAAUGUUGCAGGAAUCCGCAUCGCAGGCGCGCGCAAAUGCCGAGCAGCCUGGCUGGCCGGCGGCAUUGCAAGCGCGAUCGUCGUCUAGACCUAAUGGCGCUUCUGGUCCUGCUCCACUGCAGCUACGCACGAAUACCGCUAGCAGCAACCGUGGCACCGGCCUUGGACGUGGCCUGACAAUCCGUAAUGGCGGUACAACAGCGAAUGGAGCCCGGGUUCCAAUGUACGUGGACCCAGAGGAAGGCGAACGUUCGUUGUCUUCCUCUUCCGUACGCACAGCGGAAGAGCCCUGGACCGAUGCGGGGACGCGCGUGUCACGGCGUCAGGAGAACAGGAUUGAGCCUUCUGCAAUGGCCGGCACGCGGAUCACCGUCAACCCUGGCAUGAUUAAGCGCAAAGGUGGCGCCAGCGGUGGAGCAGCUUUCGACGUCUUCCAAGAUGACGAUCAAGAAAGCGAAGACGAAUGCGAUGGCGAUGGAGAAAAGGCGUCGGAUGGAACUGUUAAUAAGAACAAGGUGACGCCCUCACGGCAGUUGCGAGAACAGAAACAGCGUGAAGCGGAAGAGCUGAGGAAGAACCCUUUCAAGCAUUGGAGCAAGGAUACCAAGCUCAAGCCGAGCGAGAAAGACCUACAGCUUGCAGACGCAGUACAUUCCAGCAAGUUUUCUUCGAUGUCCAAGUCUAGAAGUGGUAGCAGCCGUGCAGGUCUCUCGUCCUCAACGUCAGGACCAAAAGGAUCCAACAAGGAACGCCACGUAGUCGACAUAAGAGCACUCUAUCCAAAGCUCACCUCUCUCUCGAUGCUAUCGGCACCUGCUGCCCCAUUGGCCGGAUCGCCUUCGUCUGCGACCCCAGCAACAGGCCUGCGCUCGAGCAUCACAGGCGAGCGCGCAAUGGAGGAGGUGCUUGUAUUGCGCAAUCUCGGCGCAAGUGCAAGCGCAAUGCUGAGCGACACGAUUGAUCCUUGGUGCCAUCUCGACCAUCUGCAAGGACGCUGGCUGCCAGAUCUCCCAAGGGGCAUCAAUAGUGCGGACAUAAGCAAGCAGAAGCAGCCGUUGCUCGACGAGGCUAACAACAAGAAACCGGCUCUAGGGGAGAAGCUCUUCCUCGGAUAUAAGCAGAAGCCAGUGUUAGGCGAGAAGAAAGCAGCGCUUGGUGAGAAGAAGCAGCUCGCACUCGGAGAGAAGAAACAGCCAGUACUGGGCGAAACGAAGCCUCCGCUUGGCGAGAAGAUAGCGGCCUCAGGGGAGGAGUCUCAGGCCGCUGCGAUCCACCCAAAUGUGCCCUCAGGGGGGAGUGAGCCUCUCUCCAAAAAGCCAUCUCCUGCACUGCAAGUCAAAGAGUACGGGAACCGCACUCCUGACGUUGUCGAUCGCCAUUCACCGCCCGAACGGGCCGAAGUGCCAGUUGAGGAGCCUGAAAUGACGAAGUUCAAGCCACGCAAAUCGGUCACCGUCACCAUGAUGACUGCCGCUGCCAAAGCAGAGGUGCUGAACAUGUUCAAUGGCCAUGAUGACGAGGAGGACAGUGAUAGCGAUAGCGACAGCGAUGAGGACAGUGAGGAUGAAAUACGCUUCAUAGGGCUAGCGUCAGACCAUGUCUUCACAACUGCUCAAACCUCUGCGCCAAACACUUUGCCAAUGGCGCAAGAACCUGCGGAGGAGCUCCCUGCAGCAAUCCCUCCUCCGACACUCACUUCGUCAACGGCCGCAAUACCUAGCACUCCUAUUCGAAAGCCUUUCCAACCAGCAAGGGGCCUGGUCGCGGCAGGCCAGCCCAACUUAAAUAGAGCUGCAGGGCCAUCUGCGCAAAGAGUGUCUACCUUGGAUGCUGCGGCAGAAGAGGACGACGAAGUAGGAGAGACUGAGUAUGAAGAAGCACCGGGUGGGGCUUCCGAAACGGAUGCGCUGGACGGUGACAUUCGUCGUCGUCUUUCAACCAUCACCGAGGUCACGGAAAUCACGCGAUUCACGUAUCUUCAGACGCCUGGGACAGCGAGGAGCGAGCGAUACUCCCGAUUCAUGACCCCAAGCCAGCACCACGCAGCCCAAGAUGAUGAAGACUCCCGCCCUGGGCGACUUGCGCCAAUCCUUGAUGACGCGUCCUUCGUAUCUGACAGCAAUAUCACGUCCGAACAUACCUGCGAAGAUCCAUCUCGUUGGGGCGACCGAGUCAAACUCGACAUUCCCGACGGCCUCACGGUCGUACGAGUGGAGGGUGAUCGCACUGACCAGCUUUCACACGAACAGAUUGGCACCUCUCUCCACUUUGCCGAGCACACCAACACCGAGCCUAUCGGCAUGGUCCCGAACCCUUGUUCGCCUGACGAUCCCACGAUCCUUGGCUUGAUCUUGCGGUGCCUUGAUCCUCCGCUCGAAUCGCAAGCCUUGUACAUGGACUUGCAUGGCGAAAAGGCAGCCAACUUGCCGGGCCUUUUGAAGCGUGCCCAGCAGAUUAAGGAGCAGGCCGUGCAGUCGAAGCGCAAAUCUGGUGGUAGCAGCCAUUCAACUACCGUUAUCAAGGAUUGGCUCUUGGAUCUUGGAGGGCACGCGCUCAGUGUGCGUCAACACCUCGGACAAGGGGGUUUCGCAUCCGUCUUCUUGGCUGAAGACCUAGAUGGUCUCGCACCGAUCACACGCAAGCGCUUUCCCGAUGACAUCGACUCGAGUAUGGCAGAGGAGCUUGCAGACCUGUCUGUCGAUUCACUCGAAGAUCCCGUCACUGCAGAGCAGCGCCGUCUCGUCGCGGUCAAAGUGGAAAGCCCGCCCAACAAGUGGGAGUUCUACAUGCUGAGCCAACUGCAGCAGAGGGUCUCUCGUCGCACCCUCGACUCGAUUAUUAGUGCUCGCCGUUUUGUGGAGUAUGAGGAUGAGUCGUAUCUCAUGCUUGACUACGGCGAGAAAGGUACCUUACUUGAACUUGUCAAUCAUCUACGAUCCGCGCCAACUGCUGGCGGGGUUGCGAUCACCGCAGGUAGCGCCGGAGGCGAUGGGGUGGAAGAGCUGCUCGCAAUGUUUUUCGUGAUCGAACUUUUGCGCGUUGUCGAGGAUCUGCACGCCAACAACAUCAUUCAUGGCGAUCUCAAGAUUGACAACUGCCUCUUGCGACUUGACGAUGCGCCCAUCGGCGAAACGUGGAGCAAUGUCUACUCUAGCGAUGGUGCGAAUGGCUGGGCAUCCAAAGGUCUGAUGCUCAUCGAUUUCGGUCGCUCAAUCGACCUCAAUCUUUACCCCGAAGGCCAGACGUUCAAGGCGGCAUGGAUAGCUGAGCAGAGGGACUGCCGUGAGAUGUGCGAAGGCAGGCCCUGGACGUUCGAGACAGACUAUCACGGGAUUGCAGCCAUUGCACACACCUUGUUGUUUGGCAAGUACAUCGAGACGAGCAUUUUGGACGACGAUCCGUCUUCGCGCACAAGGCUUCGAAGUCACUUGCGAAGAUACUGGCAAGAGGAGCUGUGGUCUUCCUUCUUUGACCUCAUGCUGAACCCAAAGUUAGCGAAUGAGAAAGAACAGUUGCCUAUUCUAGAGGAGAUGCGCGAUAUCAGAGGCAAGAUGGAGGAGUGGGUCACUGCCAACUGCAAGCGCGGUGGGAAGAAUCUCAAGAGCAGGCUCACCAAACUGCAAAGCUGGCGACUCUGAGCAGAGGAGCGAUGCAUUGCAAUGCGAAUAUAAAGAUGUCGAUUCGAUGGGGCAGGAAGU